AUGCAGCGCUUCACCCCAGCUAGAACGGCACCUGCCCAGACGUUCAUCGUCGACUCACGCCUCGUUGUGGGCGGGGUCUACGUCGUCGUUCACGCUCUCACCGCGUUAGGACAAGAGAUGAAAAUGCACUGGAGUCUGUAUCAUCACUGCCAUGUGUCGAGGGGAGGCUGGAAGAUCCAUAUCAAGGACGAUACGGGACGCCCGGGCCACUGGGUAUACGACCAGGCAUUCACGUCGAGCCUCAUGAAGUCCUUCCUCCUCGUCGGUGCCAUGCGCAUCGGUCACUGCGCAGUCGACAACGGCGACGCUCUCAGAGAGAUUACUCAGAGCAUCCCGGCCGACAAGGUGCCGCCUGGGUUCCCCAACCUUACUUGCCGGACGUGGGUCCUCACGGCCGUGCGCCAUUUCCGCGCCGCUGGCUAUGUGCAGUGCAACAGCGUAACCGCUCUGGAGACGGAGAUCACGGCGUGGGGCAGGGAGCACUACAACGCCGCCGUGCUCGCGUAUCAGCCCAGGCCCAUUAUUGACUCGGCUCUAUGCACCCUUCCCCGGGGUCAGUGA